AUGACGCACUCGCAUGGCGGAAAACUGACCAUCUAUGUCGAUUGUGUGUCGCCAUAUUCGUGGUUCGGUUUCACGAAUGCAAGGAAUUUUCGUCCGCAACUCCAGCCCUAUGGGAUCGAAGUCUGCAUUGAGCCAUUCUUCUUGGGAGGCGCACGGAAUGGCGUAGGCAAUCCUUGGACACCACCGCCAGAAGCCAAGGCUGCAUUUGCGCAACAAGACUUGGAUCUCACGUCAGAAGCUCUGGGUCUGAAGGUCGUCAGGCCCAAAGUCUUCCCUAUAUCAUCUUUGUCUGCUGUCCGCGUCGCCAGAUAUGUCAAAGACCAUUACUCGGCAGAAGAAUUCGAAGAGACAUUUUUAGGCUUGGUCUCAGGCUAUUGGAACAAAGGUAUCGACAUUUCCACGAUCGAAGGAAUCCGAAAGGCCCUGGAGGGCGUAUUCUCGACAGAAGACCUUGGACGCAUAAUGCACGGAUCGGUCGAGUCUGGAAAUAAGAAACGAGUCAUAGAGACCACAAUGGCUGUCGGAGCAUUCGGCGCACCGUGGAUUACCGCGAUUAACGCGAAGCUUCAGAAAAGAAACUGGUUUGGAAAUGACCGUUGGCACCAGGUUUUCUAUCAUCUGGGCGUUCCAUUCACUCAUCUUGCUAUAACGCGACCUGGCACAGACAAAGCAAACCUAUGA